AUGAAGCUCACCACAAUCCUCCUCCCCCUCAUCACCACGGCCACGGCCACAACCACCUGCUACUCGGGCGCGCCCACCAGCGAAGGCACCAACUGCCUGAGCAAGCUGGCGAUCAAGAACUUCUGGUCGCUGCAGUACUGCAAUUACCGGUGGAACGUCAACUACGGGGACUGGGACAAGUGGAUCAGCAACAACGCCAGCCACGUGGAGCGCGGCCGGGUGGCCAAGACGGGGGUGUUCGGGGGCAUGGAGGAGUGCCUGGAUGCGUUCAAGGAGGUCGUCGAGCCGUGCUACGACACCGCGCAGGGGGCGUACCUGACGACAGCGAAUGUGAGCCUGGAGGUGAAUUGGUGCCAGUGGUGA